UUGAGAGCAGACGCUGGCCGCGAUCAUAAGACUCGGACGCCGGAUCUGACCACCGCAGGCUGACACACUCCUGUUUGAAGGCCUUUACACAUAUAGGAAAUAAAUUAAGAAGAACUGACGAACUGCACGUCUACCUUCCUUUCUCUCAUAGACGACAGAGGAAGUGCUUGUGGUGUGAGGGGAGUGUGUGUGAGUAAUGGCGGAGCAGCAGAGACAGCGUUCACUCUCCACAGCAGGAGAAUCACUAUACCUGGUCCUGGGAGUCGAUAAGAACACCGCACCAGAAGACAUCAAGAAAUCCUACAGAAAACUAGCUCUGAAGUUCCACCCAGACAAGAAUCCUGACAAUCCAGAAGCAGUUGAGAAAUUCAAAGAAAUCAACAACGCUCACACCAUUCUGUCAGACCCCACCAAACGCAACAUCUACGACAAAUACGGAUCUCUGGGCCUCUACGUGGCAGAACAGUUUGGAGAGGAGAACGUUAACACGUACUUUGUAUUGUCCAGCUGGUGGGCCAAGGCCUUGUUUCUGUUCUGCGGUGUGGCCACAGGCUGCUACUUCUGCUGCUGUCUGUGCUGCUGCUGUAACUGCUGCUGUGGGAAGUGUAAACCUCAUCCUCCUCACACAGAUGAGCCGGACUUCUAUGUGUCUCCUGAAGACUUGGAAGCUCAGUUGCAGUCUGAUGAGAGAGGCCGUGCAGAUGGCAGCAGUCCCAUCGUGAUGCAGCCGUCCUCUGCCACAGAGACCACUCAGCUGACCGCAGACUCUCACCACACCAGCUACCGGACAGACGCCAGCUAUUAAACCUCUCUCACACACACACACACACACACGGGACCACCAUGCCAGAGGAGGUCACGGUGGGCAAUUGGUGAUCCAGAGGAAAGAGGAGGAGUGGUUAGUUAGUUACUGUAUUGGAAAACCUGAAACGCUCCACUGUACAAGUCAGUUUAUAUUUUAUUUGCCUUUAACCUCUGUCAUCCCCAAACCUACUGCAGUUAUACUCAACACACACACACACAAAGGACUUUCUGACAGUGUCCAUACAGUCUUCCUGCUAUGAUUCGAGCUUCAUCUUGCUAUGAUUCGAGCUUCAGCUCUUAUUGUGCAAUUUGCACUGGUUAUCACACUGCAUUUGUCUACCUAAACAGUAAAAAUAAUUGUAACAAUCUUAUUUGAAGCAUGACAGCAGGUCACAAGGAAGUAUUUUUGUAUGCUUUAGUAUAUUCAGCUAUCAUAAUGAUUGUUGAAGCUUGCUUAGUUAUCACACAGACACUACCGUUCAAAAGUUUGGGGUCAGUAAUUUUUUUUUAUUAUUUAUUAUUUUUAUUGAAAGGAUACAUUCAGUUGAUCAGAAGUGCAGUACAGACAUUCGUUACAAAAUAUUUCAAAUGCCAUUCUUUUGAGCUUUAUGUGCAUCCAGAGUACUUAACACAUAAAUAUUAAGUUGCUAAACUGUUUUGAACGCUGAUAAUAGUAAAAAUGUUUUCUUAGCAGCAAAUCAGAAUGAUUUCUGAAGGAUCAUGUGACGCUGCAGACUGGAGUAAUGAUGCUGAAAAUUCAGCUUUGACAUCACAAGAAUAAAUGACAUUUUAAAAUGCAUUCAAAUAGAAAAAGUUAUUUUAAUUAACAGUAUUUCACAAAGUUAAUGUUUUUACUGAGUAAUGUUAAAAUAAAUGCAGACUUGGUGAGUGUAAGACUCCCAAAAAAGAAACUUACUGACCACUAACUUUCCAUAUUUACCUUUCCAUGCAUUUGAUUGGCUCUCAUUGGCACAAACCUUACAAUCGCAUCAUUAACACUGUUCUGGGUUGUUUUUAACAUUCAGACCUGUGCCAUUUUUAUUAAGCAGAAAUCACACUAUACAAGUUAUAAUCCUUACAUCACACUAUGUCCAAGUUAUAAUCCUUAAGGUUCAUACUGUUUCAUUACUUCACCAGGAAUUGGUUUUCAGUUGUUUAUUACAUUAUAUUAUAUUUUUGUAAACCAUAAGGCAGUGUAGAGUAGUCCCUGUUGUGUAUGUUUAUGUGAGCUGUCUCUCAUGUUAAUGGCAUCCGGUGGACAUGUACUGUCAAAUAUAAUCAUGCAGUGCUUGGCUGUGCUCAAUUACAGCCACAUGUUUUACUGUGGUAGUGGUGUGUUUGGUUGUGUGUGUGUGUGUGUGUGUGUGCCCAUGACUGAUCACUGGAACAGGAGUUUGGGGUUAUCAGAUAAAUACAAACACAUAGCUUUGUGCUGGGUUAUUUAAUCUUGAACAGGUGUUUUGUAUUUCAGUCUGUAUUCUCAAGGAUUUGCUAAGGUAAAGAGUGAUUGCAUUCCUUGAGAUUUGUGGUUUCAGAAAGCAUAAGCCCAUCUCCACAAAGCUGGGUUCAAUACAAGCACAGGAGGAUUGUGGGUAAAGAGAUAACAAAACAUACAGUAUGUUUCCCAUAUAAUUCAGUAACAUCAGUGAUUUUCUUUAAUUGAUUCAGUUUCACACUGACCCCAAAAUGUUAGUUGAUGCAUCAUUUAAAAAAAAAAAAAAAAAAAAAAAAAAAUUUUUUAAACCACUCUGGUUCUGGAUAGUGGUGGUCUGGACAGUAUUUUUUUUGUACCCGUAAUUUGAUCUCGUUCCCUAGUGCCAUGGUUUAACGUAAUCAGGUCAACAUAAUAUUAGUAAAUACACAUUAACAGUAUUAUUACUGUUAUUACGCCAGAAAAUAUGAUUAACUGUGUGAUCCUUCAGACAAAAAUGAUUCAUGCUGGUGCAUUCACCGAUAUGAAAUAAAAAAAUUAAAAUUAAUGAAAAUAUCCAUUCCAUACGUUUUCUACCUUUGCUCAGCGCUUUAAGAACAUGUACAGUAAAAUAAAGUUCAACCAAAAUAUUUUUGUGAUUGGAUAUUGCUCUUCAUGAGCUAAAAAAAAUAAAAUAAUAAUGUUCUACAAAUCCUUAGCGAUUAAUUAUCUUUUAAGAUAUUCUCUUUUCUUUAAUCACUCAGAAUACAUGCAUAUUUUUUAUUUAUUUUAUUUUAUUAUUUUUGAUUGGAGUACGCUUAGACUUCAGUGUAGGAAACCUUCAUUUCUGUGCGUGUGUGUGUGUGUGUGUGUGUGCUGUUUGAAAUUGAGAACUUAAUUUAAUCACUGUAUUAUCUUCUACUGUAUGUUUUGUGUUUAAAUAUGUCAUUUCUUUCAAAUGGAUUAGCUGUAUAGCUGUCCCUGUUUGUGCUUACCUUCAUUUACAUGCACUUGAACCAGGAUGUAUGGGAAAACCUGUGUAGUUUACCCCAAAUGUGUGUGUUUUAUUUGUUUAGGAUCACAUUGUGAAUAUGGUCAUUAGGCAGAUUAUUUAAACCACUCUGUACCUAGUGAUCAUGUUUCGAAGGCUGAGCUGUUCACAAUGUGUAACACUUUUUAUUUGCAAAAUAUUAUUUCUCAACACUAGCUCUGUUCUGAUCUGUUUUUGGUUUGUUAUCCCAGUUUUCCUUUCCAUUUAUUUGUUGUAUUCAUUCAUUCAUGAUCAUAAAAAAAACACUGAUCUGACUUCCUCUUGCUUCCGAUCUAAGAAAAAGAGAACUAAUGCAGCAUGGUGUGUGAAUGCGACACCUAAACAGAAUCAUGUUAAAAUGAAGGGAAUAGUAUAAACACGGUGAUGAGAAACAAUAUUUUAUUUAUUCUUGUCCUAUGUUUUUAAUAAAUUACAUAGUUCAAUAUGUGUAAAUGACUGUACUGUACAGGAUGGCUGAAUUCGUUUGUGCUUUCUGAAUAAAUCAGCUGAAAUUGUUGUAGCAUGAAUGUGUCAGAGUAGUAACAUGGAUAAUUGGUCUGAAUUACAGCUGUAAAAUAAAUGUGAAGGAAACAAACAAA